GGUUUGACUCCGGCGUUAUUUUCCCCUUUUUUGCGGUGGUUCUUUCUUCAUCAUCCUGACUGUGUAGUUAUAGUACCGAAGGAUUCAUUUGAUUCGGAUGGUGGUGUUCGGGGGGAUGGCGGUGGAGUUGAUGAUGAGCUACGGCGGCGUAGACAGGUUUUCAGUUACUUCCGCGGCGGCGAAGGUAGAAGAAACCGCCCUUCGAGAGGCGGCGACGGCGGGGAUUCAGGGCGUUGAGGAGUUUCUUAGACUAAUCGGCCAUAGUCAACCCAAAGAUCAGAAGCAGCCGGAGAUAACUGCGGUGACGGACGUCGUCGUCAACAGCUUCAAGAAGGUGAUGUCUCUUCUGGGCAGAUCGAGAACCGGACACGCCAGAUUCCGGCGAGCCUCCUUGGCUCCUCCGCCGCCGCAAUACCCGUCUCCGCCCGCGACAAUGGAAGAAGACAUUCUUCGACGGGAAGAGACGCAAGAGCCUAAGGUAUUGGAAGAAGGGGAGUCAUUUCUUUCCUUUAGAGGAUUCAACGGCUUGAAAACUGAGCAGAAAACGGAACACGUCGUCGCUGGUGGAUCUGCGUUUAGGGUUUAUUGUCCGACUCCUGUUCAUCGUCUUCCACCAUUGCCCCACAACAAGAACAUCGUUGUUGGUGGUCCGUCGUCUUCUUCGCACCUUCCGUCGCUCGCGAACGGCAAAACAGGACUAUUGGACCGGAGCGAUGGCCCGUCAACGGCGAUAAAUAUCGCGCCAUCUCCUCCGAUAUCGUCUCUUACUGGGGACACCGACAGUAUCCAGAUGUCCAUGUCGUCAUCUGGGUUCCAGUUCACAAGCCCAUCUCAUAUCUCUGGCUCUUGCGGAAAGCCUCCUCUGUCAUCUCCUUCGCUGAAGAGAAGGUGUAAUUCCUUAGACGAAGCUGCGCUCAAGUGCGGCUCAUCCUCUGGCCGUUGCCAUUGUUCCAAGAAAAGCAGGAAAUCUAGAGUGAGAAGAGUGGUUAGGGUUCCUGCCAUAAGCAGCAAAACGGCCGAUAUUUCACCAGACGACUAUUCGUGGAGAAAAUACGGCCAGAAACCCAUCAAAGGCUCUCCUCACCCUCGGGGAUACUACAAGUGCAGCAGUGUGAGAGGGUGUCCAGCACGGAAGCACGUGGAGCGUGAACCAGACGACCCAAUGAUGUUGAUCGUUACGUACGAAGGAGACCAUAACCAUUCACGCGCUCCUCCUCCUCCCAUGCUCCUCGAGUCCUCUUAAUUGUAAUAAUAAUUCAAUUAUAUUAUAUAAUUAAUUGUGUUAUAAUGUUUUACCCAACCAAACACUGGCAUUCUCUAUAUAUAUUAGUUAUAAUUACAUGGGUUAA